AUGGCUGAUAUUGAAUCACAAAUUUACAUUAUUAAAUUAAAAAGAAUGGAAGCUUUAAACACAAGAUUAAAUGAUAUGUUAAAAAGAGAAAGAAUUCCAGCUUCGAUUGCUUCAAAUUUAAUUGUAAAUUUUAUUUCAGAAACUCCUGAUUAUUUAAUCCCUUUUAAUUGGACAUUACCUCCUGAUCAAAAUAAAUUUGCAAAAUAUAAGAAGUUAAAAAACUCAAAAUCUAGAAAUAAAAAAGAUUGUUGUACAAUUGUUUGA